AUGAAUGACGGGAUGAAUAAAUCCGAAGAUGAAUCUUCAUCACAUUCUUUAUCACGUACAACUAUACGUGAAGCAAAUAAUCAUUUACAAAUGUUACAUAAACGUAAUCAAGAAUUAGAAGAAUUCGUUUAUCAACAAAAAGAACAAUUAAAACAAAAAGAUAUUGAAUAUAGAAAUUUAUUUAAAUCAAAUCAAUUAUUAGAAAAACAUUGUCAACAAUUACAAAUAUUACUUGAUGAUCGAACAAAACGUUUAUUUAUGUAUGAAAAAAAAGAAGGUUUAUUUCGUGAAACACUUGAAUUAAAACCAGCUAUUGAAUCAUUAUUGGAUAUAUUAACAACAUAUGAAAAAGAAGAUACAAAUCUAUCGAACAAUUUAUUUCAAUUAAAAAAGAAAACUAUUGAUGUUGAACGUAAAACAGAUGCUGUUUAA